UUUCUCUGCUCUGCAUACAAAACAGCAUGUCUAUGCUGACAGAGGAGAGACCUGUGUUGUUUACACACAGGUCUCUCCCCUGUCAGCUUUGCAUGGCGAUUGUCGGCUCGUGCACACUGUGCACAGCCAUCCAAAGCAGUGUGCUUACAGUGAAUCACACGGACACAGCCCAAUAGUAAAACACACCCAGCACAUAGUUAACCCUUUGAUCGUCCCUUAUGUUAUCCCCUUUCUGCCCAGUGCCAUUAGUACAGUGUCAGUGGGCACUGAUCACCUUAUUGGUGUCACUGGGGAUGUCAGUGACACCAAGUCAGUUCCCCCCAGUGUCAGAAUUCCCACCGCAGUCCCGCUAUAAGUCUCUGA